AUGCAUCCUACGCUCAAAGACCAACCACCCGAAUUUUUAGAAGGAAAAUGUAAAAGCUUAAAGAAAAUGAAACUAGGACCAAGUGGGGCGAAUGUCGCAUUAUCACAGCAAGUGCUAACUGCAUCAUUUGAAAUCUUCCAACUAAUCAGUAAGUCAAAAAAAGCACACAGUAUCGGCGAAACAUUAAUUAAGCCUAGCUUGCUAAUAGCUGCGAACAUUUUCGGUGAAGAUGCCAAGAAAAAGAUUCAAAAUAUGCCACUGUCCAACAAUACUAUAAAGGCACGAAUUGGAAAAAUGUCAUGCGAUAUCGAAGAUCAACUACUAGGUAAAAUUAAAAGUUCCCCUUACUUCGCUCUUCAAUGUGAUGACUACUGA